UCAAAGUGUACAUUCCAGAGGGCAUAAAAGGGUCAAGCAGGCUUUCAUUCCCCACAGUUUCACCAGGAACUUCCAAGGCUUUAUUGAACGAGACAUUCCAAGCUCAUGAAUGAAAGCUCCGUGUGCCACACGUGUGCUCCGGUCAGAGCUUCCAGUAGCGUUGGGGUCCCCAGCUCGGUCGUUUCUAGUGUAUGUUCCACUGUCCUGCUGAAGACGUCGCCUUGCAUGAAGGUCUUCUCUCCGACGUGUAUCAUGGACUGUAGUAUCUUCACCCGCGCGUGCAUAUGCUGUCUGCUGUUGGUGGCCAAGUUGCUCACUAUUGAAUCGGUCAGUGUGAAGCCACCAAGCGUCCGUACACUCACUCCUUGGUGCACGGGGCGAGAUUUGGAUUUGAAAUGGCUGUCGCCGUCGGAAGAAGUCGAUGAUGACAAGCAUGCUCCCACCGUAGAUUUUUAUCCUGUUGGCGGCGAGCUUGGUGUCUCGUUAAACUGGUCUAGCUGGGCAAGGGACAUUGCAGACGAGGAUACAUCGCAUGCCGGCUACCUCAUUGCCAUCAAGAUACCAGCCUAUGGAGGCUAUGGCCGUUGUUCAUGUUUCCGUGUUCCGACGGGGGUUCAUUCUCUUCACGCUCGAUCCUCUGCAACCGAGGCAGACAUCAGAAGCAUUAGUCAGAAGCAGCGCUGGCUGAAUGGCUGUCUUUAUCCUGCCUACUCCACAAUGGUGGACGUAAAACGACUAGUAGAGAUAAAAUCGUUUGGUGCAGUUACCAAGACGACGGCUGUGUCGUUCACAAUUCCAUCCUGCGCUAGUCUGGACUGCCGGCCAAAAUUUUGCCAGCAACAGAAGCGGUACCAGAUAUGUCGCUUGCCAUUGCCGGUGCGUAACCUGCGAACAGAACCGGUCAACUCCACUGCAGUGCGAGUCUCGUGGCAACACCGGAAACGUCCGCAUGUCACGGCACUGCCCGCCAUCACUGGCUUCACGGUUCACCUUCAGUGUGUUACGUGUGAUGUGACUGAGAGCAGGACGUUUACAACCAGCGCAGGUAUGACAUCGCUGAUUGUCACCAAACUGCAAGUGCAGCAUCACUACAAAGUCACAGUGAGAGCUGGAAUUCAUCCACACCCAUUCAGCCACAAGCGUCACAUUGAUGUGUUCUUGCGCGACCGUUCGCCACCGCCAGAGGUGUUAACAACUGUGGCUAGCACGCCAGCAGCAUUCGCCGUGGAAACAGUGGCCAUGGAAACAGUGGCCACGGAAACAGUGGUCAUAGAAACGUGACAUGGAACAUACUAGUCCUGUCCAGACCCUUUCUACCACAGAGAGGAGAAAGUUACUCUCCAAGCAGCCAUGUCCAGACAACAACCACAGCAAAAUCUACAUCAAGAAGAACUGUAGCGGAGUGUUCACCCCCAUUUCUGCUUCAUUUAUCAAUUUGAUGACUAGCAAAUAUAUUAAAUAUUCACCUUCAACCCCCGUAUUUAAUUAACUAGGGUAAUCAAUUAUUGCAGCGAGGAGGAAGAAUUGUGCCGAAAGCAUUCCUUAUUGGUCCUUGUUGCAGAAUUUAAAGUGUUUACUCUGAAACAACUGUUUACAAAUCCAGCUUUCAGAGAACACAAGUGACAAGUUGACAAAAACACACGAAUAUAACACGACUUUCUUCUCUCUCGUCAACAUACACUUAACACACAGAUACUUCGAUAAUCAAAAAUUGAUGCUAACAAAACAAAAUCAAAAACACUGUACAAGCAAUGAACAACAUCAUGAUGUAUUGUGAAAUUCCCCAUGCAACUGAUAUUUAUAGUCAGCUUUUUAACAUAAUUAUUAUCAUGGACUAUGUACAAAAAGAUAUAUACAAAAGUUUCACUCGAUGUGCAAAAUCACAAUUUAA